CGGGCAUUUAGAUCGUGCCCUCCCCAUGUCGACGCCUACCGCUGCGGACGUGACUGCCGCCUUCACCAACAACAGCUUGGACAUCAAGCAAGAUGCUGUGGCUACGUGCGUGGAAUUGUGCAAGGAGUUUGCCCUGUCGGCGGAAUCCCUGGCUGAGCAAUGGGACGUGUUUGCCAUGAACGCGUCCAUCCAAGUCGCAACCAUCGACAGCCUCGGCAGGUUCCGAGCCAUGUUGUUUGACCAGACCAACAAACGCGCUAUCAAACGAGAAACCAAAGAAACUCUCAAGGGCAAGUCCAUGGUGAAGAAGGAGCCGUUGGCGUCAGUGUACGGCAUUCACCUCCCGACCGUCCACGAAACGCCAAAGAAGCGCCAAGCGUCCGCCAGUUUCCAGAGCCCUGACGCCAAGAUGGCCAAGGCGUCUGUCUUUUCACCUUCGUCGUUCCAGUCGCCUCCGAGCGCCGAAUAUGCGUCCCGCGCCAACGCCGGCGAAGUCGUCGACUCGUUCAACACAUCGCUCAAGUCCCAAAUCAACGUCGACGGAGUCCGCGGUGACGCCGUCAAGGUCGAAUGCAUCCACACCGACACACACAUGAGCGCGGCAAACAACUUCAUGUACACGUCCAUGUCGGACAGAGCCAUCGCGCUGGACCAACUGCUCGUGGACUUUCAAACGCGCAUGGAAGCGCAGCUCGGCAUCGACUGCGGCGCCGUGGGCGACCCAUCGCCAUCCCAUGUGACCGUGUGUGGCCGCAUCGUGUGCGAAGCGCCCGAAGGCAAGUUGAACGCAAGUGUGGUGCAGUUGGAAGGCGCCCGCAAGUAUUGCGGUGGCCAGAGGGUGCUGCUGGACUUGAGCCACGUGCCAUCAUUGGAAGCAUUUCCUGGCAAAUUGGUGGCCGUCGAAGGCAUCUACAACGACUCGCGCCACCCCAUGCAAGUCAAACGGUUCAUUGAACCCGAGCCGUUGCCGUUUGCCGUGACGAUCGCCAACGACAAGGCGCCAGUUCGCAUUUUCACCGCCGCGGGGCCGUUCACACCUCACAACGACCCGCAGUACCAGCCUCUCAGUGACUUGAUCGCAGUCGCUGCCAAGCAAAAGCCGGACGUCGUGAUUCUGUUGGGUCCAUUUAUUGACGCCAACCAUGCCAAGGACGGCGUCGUAGCGGUCGACAACGUCCUCGUAGGCUUUGACGAUAUGUUUUUGUUCAAAAUUGUGGCCAAAUUCAACACGUUGCUGUCGGCGUUGCCCAACUGCCACUUGAUUCUGAUCCCGUCCGUGCGCGACGUGCACCAUCCGUACGUGUACCCACAGCCUCCGUUCGACCGCACGGUUGUAUUUGAAGGCCUCGACUCGCCCGACUUCCACUCGAGGGUGCAUUUGCUGUCCAAUCCAAGCACGUUCACAAUCAACGGCACUGUGUUUGGGGCUACGACGACUGACAUUUUGCUGGAAUUGGGCGGCGCCGAGUUUCAUCGAACCCAGCAACCCAACCAGCAACAGCGCCUCUUUCGACUCACAGAGCAACUGCUCCGUCAACACAGUUACUUUCCUUUGUUUCCGUCCACGGGUGAUACGCCGUUGGAUCUCAAGUACAUGGAGCAGUUCCAGUUGCCCGUGCGGCCCGAUGUGUUGCUGCUGCCGUCCGUACUCAAUCGGUUCUGUGGGGUCGUCCAAGAGUCGUUGUGUGUGAACCCUGGUCAAUUGUCCAAAGGUCAAGCUGGCGGGACGUACGCAGAGCUCACGAUUUUGCCCAAGGGACACCACGAGACGCCUGAAGCGCAUCAAGUUGCCCAGCGCACGCUCGUGGAAGUUAAACGCAUUUAAUACGUACACUAGGUAGUAACAGUUAGUAGUAUUACUACAUCAUUUUUUCUCAGUUAAGUUGGACGAAUGCCCGAAGUAUUAAGCCG